ACGGAGCAAUAAACUAACACACUACCAAAAUGUAUUCCGAUCCUGCCCAGGAUUCGGUGGCGACGCAAACGGAGGCCCAGCCGAAUCCUUUGCCCGUCUGCACCCCGCUGCUGAUGGUGGACGAGGAUGGAAGGAAGCGGUAUUGCUACCAUGGUGGGAAGUGCAAGUGCGCCACCUGCGCCAAGAUCCGGGCGGAGCAGGCGGUGAAACUGGACCAGGAGCUGUUGUCCUACAUACCACACUCAAAACUGCAUCUGGAGGUUCCAGUACGGAUGGCCAAACCGAAGCAGUACCGCCUGGAGGCCCGACGAGCAGAUCCCGAGUUGGCCAAAUGGCUGCGCGACGACCACGAACGGCUGAGGGCCGAGUACCCCACGUACUACCUUCCGGAUCGGUACUUCAGUGAGAAGUUCUACGAGUUGCCCGGACCCCAGCACAAGGAGACCCAAACGGACAUCCCCAUCGGGCGCUACGGCAUCGAUGGCUGUCCCUGUCCCGACAAAUCGCGCUGCUACGAUAUGUAAUCCUGGGCAGGUUUCGGUUACGCAAUCAAUAAAAUUUCUGAGUACGAUGAGAAAUAAGUUA